AUGGGCCUACCAGUUCUAUUUCGGGGCAUACUGAAAACGCCCCACAUGCUCCGCAAGUCAAAUCCCCCUGCGGCUGUCCCGUCGACCAGUCCCACCCACUUACACCAACUAUCCCUGUAUUCUUGUUGCAUUCCAUUCGGUAGUCGCGGCUACCUGGUAUCCGAUUAUACCGGUUUCUGUGUCGUACGGCCGAUUACCACCUCUGAGGCAGUGGCUAACCCCGACUGUCACGAUGACCGUGGAUUCUCCUUUUAA